CUCCCCUCCCCUGCCCACUCGCCCAACUCAGACCCGUGCACUCACAAUGUCCAAGCGCAUCCGCAUGUACACCGCAGAGGACGUUGCGGAGCACGCCAACGCCUCUAGCUGCUGGGUCUCCUACAAAGGCCGCAUCUUCGACGUCACGCGUUUCCUUCCCGACCACCCCGGCGGCGACGAGCUCGUGCUAAAGUUCGCCGGCCAUGACGUCGAAGAUGCGAUGCGCGAUGCGACAGAGCACGAGCACUCCGAGAGCGCGUACGAGGUUCUCAACGAGUUUUUCAUUGGCAGGGUUGGCGUCGGCGAGAACCUCGUCAGCGACGACUGGGUCCCUGCAGAUGACUUCCACCCGGAAAACACGGACGAGGCGAAGGAUUACGAGAAGAACCAAUUCUUGGACUUGCGGAAGCCCUUGUUGAAGCAGAUGUGGGAGGCCAAUUUCAGUAAAUCAUACUACCUCCAGCAAGUGCAUCAGCCUCGUCAUCUUUCAGAGCCUGUGCGUCUCUUCGGUCCCAGUUACCUCGAGGUCUUCACGCGCACCAAAUGGUUCGUCAUCCCCACCAUCUGGCUGCCCAUCGCAACAUACCUCGGCCUGCGCUCCAUUUUGCAAUUCUCCGGGCCUCUCCCGCCCCUCACAUCGAAUCCAUACCUGCCGCUCGCCGCCCUCCUCUCCCUCCCUGCCAGUGCUUACCUCAAGACCGGCGCGUGCAUCCUCAUCGGCAACGUUGUAUGGACCAUCCUCGAGUACACGCUCCACCGCUUCCUGUUCCAUGUCGACUACUACCUCCCCGACACACCCAUGUUCCUGACGCUCCAUUUCUUGCUGCACGGGAUCCACCAUUAUUUGCCCAUGGACCGGCUGAGGCUCGUCAUGCCCCCUGUACUCUUCACGACGCUCUCGCUGCCCUUCACCCGCCUCGCGCACAAGCUGUUCCCUGCGGCCGUGGCCAACGGGAUCAUCGCCGGGGCCUUCUUUUUCUACGUCAUCUAUGACUGCAUGCACUAUGCGAUGCACCACACUAAGCUGCCCGCGUACCUUCGCGAACAGAAGAAAUACCACCUCGCGCACCACUACAAGAACUUCGAGCUCGGGUUUGGCGUCACCAGCAAGGUCUGGGACUACGUCUUUAACACCGUCAUCCCCCUCUAA